AUGACCGAGGAGGAGACUCUCGCACCCCAGGCCAGGGCGGUUCUCCUCUCCUUGGCCGCCGCCGCCACCGUCUUUGUCGCCGCCAGGGCCUACGGCUGCUCCAGGAUCAUGCGGAGGAGGCUCUACGCCGAGGAGUGGCUGAGCGUGCUGUCGCUGGCAAUGGUGUGGAUCAACGUGGCCUUCAUGACAGUCGGUUUCUUCAACGGUCUCGGCCGCCACAACGCCGUGCUCUCACAAGAGCAACAGGCGAGGGCCAAGUUUUGGUUCACCAUCGGGACGCCUCCCAGCGUUAUAAACCUUGCCGUGUCCAAGAUGUCGGUCGUGAGUUUGCUGUGCAGGGUAUUCAAGCCAGGUGAGCUUCACAAGGCCGCCAUGUGGUCUUUGGUCGUGAUUUGCCUGCUUGGGUUCCUUGCCGUUUCCUUCUUGGCCUUUUUCGGCUGCAAACCCGUCCAAGCAUCGUGGGACCCGACCGUUGAAGGUGCCAGAUGUCUGCAGUCGAUCCAGUUUGUCCAGUACUGUUAUUUUGCUGCUGCAUUCUCCGCGGCUCUUGAUCUGUACUUUGCCGUCUACCCAGCGGUCGUGUUCAAUCGCCUCACUUGUAACAAGAGGAAGAAAUUCACGUUAAGCAUAAUGCUCGGAUUAGGUGUCUCGUAA